UUGUGUCGCAUGCAUAAGUUGUACAUCAGGACUGUGGGCUAUUUAUUUACUGUGUAUUAAUGUGAAUAUUCGGUUUGAUUCUUAGAGCAUGAUAUUCUGUUUAUGAAUGAUAUGCAUACAAUAAUGCAUAUAAAAUUUAUGUACCGAUGAAUUGGUCGGUGUAUUGAUUGUAUUGGAUAUAACAGUGUACAAGCAAAAAUUAGACCUGCCAAAAUUGUGAAAUACGAUGGUAGACGUUCUUAUUACUGUUUCAAUGCUUAUUUAAGGCUAAAGCAGCACCAUGACUUUCGAAUCUAUAAAGGAAAAACUAAUAAAGAAAGGAAAACUUUAUGAGGACCCAGAUUUUCCUGCUGUGUCGAAAUCAAUUUAUAGGACCAAGGAUGUAGCCAGUGAUGUUGUAUGGAAGAGGCCUAAGGAAAUCCAAAACAACCCAGUCUUCGUUAGAGACCAAGCAUCGAGGUUUGACUUCGACCAAGGAGAACUAGGUGACUGUUGGUUUGUGGCAGCCGCUGCCUCCCUUGCUGUGCAAGACCAGCACUUGUUGAAAAAUAUCAUCCGCCCGGACGGCCAGACGUUUGAAGAUUACGCAGGAAUCUUUCGAUUCUGCUUCUGGCGAUUUGGCAAGUGGACCGAUGUAAUAAUCGAUGACAGACUGCCUUACUCCACCGAGAGUAAUGAGAUUCUAUUCUCAAGGAACCGAGAGGAACCAAAUGAGUUCUGGGUCGCUCUGAUGGAAAAGGCAUAUGCAAAGCUUCAUGGUAGCUAUGAAGACAUGGAGGGUGGUAAAAUCCAGGACGCCCUGGUCGACUUCACUGGAGGAAUAUCGGAAUGUAUUGAUCUUGAGGACAAGAGUAAAGUUCCCAAGAACCUAUUUGAGACGCUGGAAAAGACCUUCAACAUGAACUCAAUGAUGGGAUGUUCGAUUUCAAAGAGUGAUGACGACAAUGGUGGCCAGUGGGAAACUGAACUCGACAAUGGCUUGUACGCCGGCCAUGCGUACAGUAUUACAGGAAUAGCAACGGUGAAGACAGGCGAUGCCAAACGGCACAAACUUCUGAGGUUGAGGAAUCCGUGGGGAUACUGUGAGUGGAACGGUUUGUGGGGAGACAAACCCCAAGCCUCACCCAUCUGGAAUAUGGUAGAUGUGAAAACGAAGGAAAAACUAGGGUUUCAGUCGGAGGACAACGGCGAAUUUUGGAUUGGGUACGACGACUGGAUUGCUAACUACACAGAAUGUCAGUUGUGUCACCUCUCGCCCAAUGCGCUGACAGCGGCAGUAGCGGAGGAAACGGGGAAAUCCAUCUGGCAAAUCAACGAACACCACGGUUCUUGGGUGUCUGGAUUGAGUGCAGGAGGCUGCGGCAACGCCCCAGAUGAAGAUAUGCUCUAUGACAACCCGCAAUACCGCGUGGAACUGGAGGAUGUGAACACAGACGAUGAGUGUGACGAUUGUACUCUGAUCAUAUCACUGAUGGAAGAGUUCAAAAGACAUGUAGAUCUUGCGAUUGGAUACUAUGUCUUUAAGGUCCGUCGCCGCGCCCUAGAAAAGAGCCCCGAUGAAAGAUACACCAAAGGUGAUCUGAAGUACGUCUCCACUGGUUCCUAUUCCUUCUACCGUGAAGUGACCAUGCGGCUAAAGCUCAAACCAUGGAAGUACGUCAUUUUUCCAACUUCAUUCUCCAAAAACGAGGAGGGCAACUUCCUGCUGAGGAUUUUCACGGAGAAGAAACUCGACUCAAAAAUAAUCGACAAGCCAGUUAAGGUUGUUCCCUGUUUCCACUCAAAGGAACGAAGUAUUGCGAAGAGACCUUCCCGAGACUGGGAGAAUUCCGUUGCCAAACUGUACGACCAGUUCGCCGGCGAAGACAAGGAAAUCGACGCCUACGAGCUCCAGAAACUACUCAACUAUGUGUUUUUCAGAGGUGAGGUCGUCGUCACAGGCGGUGUGUAUAGACUGACCACAGAUAUUCCAAUGUGUCCCCCUGGUGUCAAAGAAGACGAAGAAGCCAACUUUGACCGAGAGUCUGCGCGAAGUUUGUUAGCCAUGGUGGACGAGAACAAAUCCGGUCGAAUAUGCAAGAAGGAAUUCAGCAAAUUAACUGCAGAACUCAAAGUCUGGAAGGAUGGAUUUCACAAAUACGACCGCGAUAAAUCAGGGACGAUUGAUGUCGGCGAGCUUCAGGAGAUAUUCAGUCGAAUGGGUCUGUCUCUUUCAAAGAAAUGCCUGGCGCCCAUCGUGCGACGAUAUGCCGGAAAGAAUCAGACGCUAAACUUCAGAGACUUUAUCCUGGCAUCGACCAAGGUCAUGAUCAUGUACAACAACUUUGCAAGGCACAGCGGUGGAUUCACGGAGGAAACUACAUUCAAGAUGUCUUUAGAAGACUGGCUGGUGGAAACGAUGUACUGCUGAUCGGUGGCUGAGUAGGAGAAACUAAUAGAUGGUAACCAUUCAUUCAUCUCGUUAUAGUAUUAAUGAGAAUGACAUAAGGUCUAUCAUAUCCUAUACAAUCUUGGUUGGAACCUAAAGUAAGGCGGACAUUUUCGGAUGUCAUUCCAUGUAGGUGAAAUUGUAUUAGUUAUCUAAAUGUAUAGCGUACUUAUCUGUAUAGAUUUGUGCUUUAAAUUAAAGUUUAUUUUUUAUAAA